CGAUGAGCGAAAAUCAGAUGUAAUAUGGUGUCCAACAGGGGAAUUCCCUGGAAUACGUAUCCAUAUGGAAAUUUUGAAAAUUAACGUCUCUGUGUUCCUUUCUCACCGUUCCACUUGCAAUUGGUAUUUUAACACUAUACUCUCCGCCAUGCCGUGGUUUAUUUCAACUGCCCAGAUCCGGUCACACUAACCAGGCAGCAUGUUUAAGAUUCGUACCGGCAAUAUUUUUAAUUAAAAUAAGAGAGAUUUGUGAUUUUUACAAUGCCCAAGGAGCAAUUUCGUGCUUCGGCACUGAAUAAGAAGAUCUCACAUGUCCAGUUCGGAAUCAGUGGGGCGGCCGAGAUCCAACAGGAGUCCCUGGUGCGGAUCAUCUCGAAGAAUUUGUACCAGGGCCAGCGUCAGCCGGUGCCCUAUGGCGUCCUGGACCGACGCAUGGGCAUUAGCACAAAGGACGCCCUGUGCGAGACCUGUGGCCAGGGGCUGAAUGAGUGCAUCGGCCACUUUGGGUAUCUGGACUUGGCGCUGCCCGUUUUCCACAUCGGCCACUUUCGGUCCACCAUCAGCAUACUGCAGAUGAUCUGCAAGGCCUGUGCCAGGGUGAUGCUGAAGCCCGAGGACCGGGCCAUUUACGAGAAGAAGCUGCACAAUCCGAAUUUCUCGUAUUUGGGCAAGAAGGCCCUGCACGUCCAGAUGCUGGCCAAGGCCAAGAAGGUAACGAAGUGCCCGCACUGCGGAUCCCCCAAUGGCGGCGUGAAGAAAGGACCUGGCCUGCUCAAGAUUCUGCACGAUCCGUACAAGGGACGCAAGGUGGAUUCCCUCUUCACCAGCAACAUGAACGAAAUGCUCCGUUCCACGGAAGCCAAUCGAGACCUCAAUCUCACAUUGGGCAAUCACAGCACAGCCGAAGAACUAACGCCGUUAAAUGUACUGGACCUCUUCGAGCAGAUCCCCCAGAGUGAUGUUGCGCUUCUGGGAAUGUGUUCCCGUGACGCCCAUCCUAGGCAUCUGAUUGUGACGCGAGUGUUUGUUCCACCCGCCUGCAUCCGACCGUCUGUGCUGUCCGAGGUGAAAGCCGGCACCACAGAAGAUGACCUCACGAUGAAGCAGAGUGAAAUCCUGCUCAUUAAUGAUGUAAUUCAGAGGCAUAUGGCCACCGGCGGUAAGAUCGAGCUUAUACACGAGGACUGGGACUUUCUGCAGCUGCACGUUGCCCUGUAUUUCCACAGCGAGAUCAGUGGAAUUCCCAUCAACAUGGCCCCGAAGAAGACGACGCGCGGCUUAGUGCAGCGACUAAAGGGAAAGCAGGGACGCUUCCGCUGCAAUCUGUCCGGCAAGCGUGUGGACUUCAGCGGACGUACUGUCAUCUCACCGGAUCCCAAUCUCAUGAUCAAUCAAGUGGGCGUCCCAGUGCGCGUGGCAAAGAUCCUCACCUAUCCAGAGCGCGUGAAUCCAGCAAAUAUGCGUCACAUGCGGCAGCUGGUGCGGAAUGGGCCGAGCAUGCAUCCGGGUGCCAACUAUGUGCAGCAGCGCGGCUCCAGCUUCAAGAAGUAUCUUGCUUAUGGAAAUCGAGAAAAGGUGGCGCAGGAGCUCAAGUGCGGCGAUAUUGUGGAACGGCAUCUGCGGGACGAUGACAUUGUGCUGUUCAAUCGCCAACCGUCGCUCCACAAGAUGUCCAUUAUGUGCCACCGUGCCAAGGUGCAGCCCCAACGAACGUUCCGUUUCAACGAAUGCGCCUGCACUCCCUACAAUGCCGAUUUCGAUGGAGACGAGAUGAAUCUUCACUUGCCGCAGACGGAGGAGGCUCGUGCAGAGGCCCUGAUACUAAUGGGCAAUCAGUCGAAUCUGGUUACACCCAAGAACGGUGAGAUUUUGAUUGCUGCCACCCAGGACUUUAUCACCGGAGGCUAUUUGCUCACCCAAAAGGAGGUCUUCCUAACCAAGGAGGAGGCUAUGCAGUUAGCUGCCUGCUUUAUCGCUGGCGAGGAUUCCACCAUGCAAAUUGAGAUGCCGCCGCCGGCUCUGAUCAAGCCACGUCGCCUGUGGACGGGCAAGCAAAUGUUUAGUCUGCUGAUGAGACCAAACAGUGCCUCCCAUGUCCGCCUCAAUAUGGUCAACAAGGGACGAAACUACACGGGCAACAUGGAUCUUUGCAGCAACGACUCCUGGAUUCACAUACGCAACUCGGAACUGAUGUGUGGUGUCAUGGACAAGGCCACCAUGGGCUCAGGCACGAAGCAGUGUAUAUUCUAUUUGCUUCUCAGGGACUUUGGUGAGGCGUAUGCCACCAAGGCUAUGUGGAGACUGGCAAGGAUUGCCUCGUACUUCCUGCAGAACCGUGGCUUCUCCUUUGGCAUUAGUGAUGUGACACCCAGCAAGAAGCUGCUGGAGCACAAGGAACGCCUGCUAGAACGCGGCUAUACCAAGUGCAAUGAAUACAUCGACAGACUUAAGAACGGCACCCUGCAGAGCCAACCUGGUUGCACGCCGGCCGAAACUCUGGAGUCUGUAAUGCUACGUGAACUCUCCGGCAUCCGUGAGCAGGCGGCCAAGACCUGCUUUGCCGAACUGCAUCCCACAAAUAGCGCUUUGAUAAUGGCCCUCAGUGGUUCCAAGGGUUCGAAUAUCAAUAUAUCCCAGAUGAUUGCUUGCGUGGGCCAGCAGGCCAUCAGUGGCAAGCGAGUGCCCAAUGGUUUCGAGGACCGUGCCUUGCCUCACUUUGAAAGACACUCUGCCAUUCCCGCUGCCAGAGGCUUUGUGCAGAAUAGCUUCUAUUCAGGUCUGACGCCCACGGAGUUUUUCUUUCACACCAUGGCCGGUCGCGAGGGCUUGGUGGAUACGGCUGUGAAAACAGCAGAAACGGGUUACCUGCAACGACGGCUGGUGAAGUGCCUAGAGGAUCUGGUGGUGCACUACGAUGGCACAGUAAGGAAUGCCGUAAACGAAAUGGUGGAUACCAUAUACGGUGGCGAUGGCCUCGAUCCAGUUUCUAUGGAGACGCGCAACAAGCCCGUAGAUCUGGUCCAUCAGUAUGACAAUCUGAGGGCACAGAAUCCACGUGGCCAGCAACGUCCACUAGUGGGUGCCGAAAUUCCCGAGGUUUUGGAGCAGCUUCUAAAGACGGAAGAGUUUGCCGAGGCCCGCGAAGACUUUAAAGAGGAUGUUAGAAAACACCUUGCCACUGUCUCGAAACGCAUUGAACUGCUGCACAAGCGGUAUGACGGACAUGAGGAUCUAUGCCACGAAAUCGAAAGCAUCACGACGGAGCAAUUGCAGGAGUUUUUGCGACGCAUCAAUGAUCGCUAUAACCGCGCCGUAACCGAGCCCGGCACGGCUGUGGGAGCCAUUGCUGCCCAGAGUAUUGGUGAGCCCGGCACUCAGAUGACCCUCAAGACGUUCCAUUUCGCCGGCGUUGCCUCGAUGAACAUUACCCAGGGUGUGCCGCGUAUUGUGGAGAUUAUUAAUGCCACGAAAACCAUAUCGACGCCCAUUAUAACAGCCGAACUAAAGAAUAACCACAGCAUGGAAUAUGCCAGGCAGGUGAAGGCUCGCAUCGAGAAGACAACGCUGGGCGAGCUAUCGUCCCACGUUGAGAUCGUGUGUCGACCGCAAAGCUGCUACAUUGCCAUCGGCGUCGAUAUGGCGCGCAUCAAGCUGCUGGGCCUGAACGUAAGCCUGGACUCGAUUGUGGCCAGCAUUCUGAGGUCCCGCAUGCGCGUUAAGCCCUCCCAGGUGGAGGUGGCUGUCAAGAUCUCGGGAGUCGUUGUGCGUGUCGAGGCCACACGGACAGCCACCAUAAACGCGGAGCUGGCACGUCUGGCGCUCAGCCUGCAGAAUGUCGUCGUGUCCGGGCUGCCGAAUAUAGCACGUGCCGUCAUAGCCGUGGACGAUGCUAGACAGCCGCCCACCUAUAAGCUUUGCAUCGAAGGAUAUGGACUGCGGGAUGUCAUUGCCACAUAUGGUGUAAUCGGCGAAAAGACACGCAGCAAUAAUAUCUGUGAAAUUUAUCAGACGCUGGGCAUUGAGGCAGCGCGUACCAUCAUCAUGAGCGAAAUUACCGAGGUGAUGGAGGGACACGGCAUGAGUGUCGACUGGCGGCACAUUAUGCUGCUAGCCAGCCAGAUGACAGCCCGCGGCGAGGUGCUGGGCAUUACACGACACGGCCUGGCCAAGAUGAGGGAGAGUGUGUUCAAUUUGGCAUCGUUUGAAAAGACGGCGGAUCACCUGUUCGAUGCAGCGUAUUAUGGUCAGACGGACGCAAUUAAUGGGGUUUCGGAGCGAAUUAUACUGGGCAUGCCGGCCGGUAUAGGAACUGGUGUAUUCAAGCUGCUGCAACACCACGAGGACAAGCAGGUUCCGCCCAUAGAGCAGACCAUUUGCAGUUUAUUAAAUCUAACGCCCACCACAUGAGAGGAGGCGUCAGGGUGC